GACGUGAGGAGCUCGAAUGGGCAGAGCAGAGUCUGUAGGAGGGAAGAUGAACGCUCAGGAUCCUUCCGAUCUGUGGAGCACAUCUGAUGGAGAAGCCGAGCUGCUCCAGGACCUGGGGUGGUACCACAGCAACCUCACGCGCCACGCGGCCGAGGCUCUCCUCCUCUCAAAUGGAUAUGAUGGCAGCUACCUCCUGAGGGACAGCAACGAAAGGACCGGGCUGUACUCUCUCUCCGUGAGAGCCAAAGACUCUGUCAAGCACUUUCAUGUUGAAUAUACUGGAUAUUCAUUUAAAUUUGGCUUCAAUGAAUUCUCAUCUUUGAAGGAUUUUGUCAAGCAUUUUGCAAAUCAGCCUUUGAUUGGAAGUGAGACAGGCACUCUGAUUGUUCUGAAACAUCCGUAUCCAAGGAAAGUGGAAGAACCUUCCAUUUAUGAAUCCGUCCGGGUUCACACAGCAAUGCAGACGGGAAGAACAGAAAAUGACCUGGUGCCCACCGCGCCUUCUCUGGGCACCAAGGAAGGCUACCUCACCAAGCAGGGGGGCCUGGUCAAGACCUGGAAAACAAGGUGGUUCACUCUGCACAGGAAUGAACUGAAAUACUUCAAAGACCAGAUGUCACCAGAACCAAUUCGGAUCCUAGACUUAACAGAAUGUUCAGCUGUACAGUUUGAUUACUCACAGGAAAGGGUAAACUGUUUUUGCUUAGUAUUUCCAUUCAGGACAUUUUAUCUCUGUGCAAAGACAGGAGUAGAAGCUGAUGAGUGGAUCAAGAUAUUACGCUGGAAACUGUCUCAAAUAAGAAAACAGCUCGACCAAAGGGAAGGCACAGUCCGAUCUCAGUCGUUCAUCUUCAAAUAGACCCUUCCCGAGAGGGGCGCCAUGGCCCGGCCGCCGCGUGGCGUGUCCACCGGUGCUGUGAUCCAUAGCAGGCUUCAGCCGAAAGCUGAGUACGGAUUUUUCUUUACAAACAAAUCCAAAGCAGAUGUUGAUUGGAUCUUUCCGAACACACCACAUUUGCUGACUCGUGGGAAGCUGCAGCCCCUCGAGGUGUUGUCAUCUGCUUCAGUACCCACGGUCAUCGUUCUGAUGGAAAUGGUGUGGCCGCCACACCCAGUGCGCUCACUCCUAGAACACGCAACGGAAGAGAAAGGGUUUGUGUUUUCCCUCACCGGGGUCUUCAAGCUUGUGGACAUGAUUUGCCGGGAGUCCCACUCUGCCACGGUCAGCUUCACUGACAGGUUGAGCUACUAACCGGGAAGGAAACAGCUGUCUACUUUGAGGCUCGGGCUGCCUCUUUAGAAAGUAUAUUGAGAUAGCAGACAUCAAAGAUUGGUUUGGGAAGGGAAUAGGAUUAUUCUUCAAAAAACAAAAAAAUAUUAAAAAAAAAACCAAAAAAAUAUUUCCAAAACUAUAAUGGAAAAUGUUUGCAGUAUUUAUUUUCUCUUCGUAAAAGGCUCAGAAGUCGGUGGGCUCCUCCUUCCUUUCUAAUGGUAAACUUGUGAAAACUAAAUGUCUUAUGGAUGACUAUGUAAGAUGACAAAGGAAGGUAUAAUCUAAAAAAAAAAUCUCAAUCAUUUUGGAGAAAAUAUUCUAAAGAGUGAGAAAACAUAAACUGGGGAAGGGUAAUAAAGUAGUAGAUGAUAUAGCUUAAUGAUAUUAUUAUAAAUAUUACUCUAAUGAUAAUAGAGCAUAUGGAAGUGCUAAGUUAUCUUCAUCCAACAUUUCUCCAAAUAGACUGAGGGAGUCUUUUCAAGAAGAGUAUGUCACAAUGAUCCCUUCCCCAGAGUUAACUGAAGGUGUUGGCCCAAGAGAAGGAAGAAUCACCCAGCACUGCGAGGCCUGAGCACCCUGCACCUUAUUCAAGAGCAACUUUUGUUGCCAGUGGAGGGAGCAAUACUAAAUCCACAUGCAACGUAUAAUAAUGUGUUUUUUACACAGCAUUUUCAAACUGGAACAAGGGGAUUGAAACGGGAAGGAGAUACUGUCAUCCAGAGCUCAUAAAUAGAUUCUAUUAUCUUUGUUAAUAUUCCUUUUUUUUAGAUAGAAGUUUGAAGGAAGAGAAGGUGGGGGGAGAACCCCCAAACACGAUUAUGGUGCAAAGCUACAACACUGCUCUUGCAGUCCAAAGGAAUAGUUAGUUAAGUUAGUUUUGUUAAUUUAAACAUCUAGCUCUCAGAAAUUCCAUUACAUUUUUGUAUAUUUCAAAAAGAUGGGUUUUUUUUGUUGUGUUUGUAUCAUAUGAGAUAAAGCAAAUGUCAAGUUAAAAUGUAUUCUGUUACAUUCGCACAGUAAGGAGCUACAAAUGGUUUUAUAUUUUGUUUCCCUAGAACCAAGGGUGUUUUUUGUGUGUGUAGGAAAUGUUAUUUUUACCUUUUGUAAAACAUGUCAUGUUUAUUUAUACUUUUUGGUUAUGUUUAUUAAAAAGAGCCUGAUUUUCU